ACUUGCCAAAAUUAAUUAAAAAAUACUUUUACCAUUUUAGAAAAAUGACUUAAAAUUAAGAAAGAAAAAGGAAAAUGCAGUCGAUUUCUACUUCUCCAUUGCCAAAUUGCUGCAACCCUUAUCGUCUCCACCAUCCAAAUCCAAGAACACAUCUCUCACUUCAAUCCUUUCCCAAAAGGAACCAAACCCACUUCACAAACCUCUGUGCCCUCAUCGACCUUCCUCAAACACAAAGUUGCAGCACCAAAGACCAAGACAAAAUCAACAACAGAUCCGACCCAUAUCACAACCAUUCAAUUCUUUUGCAAUUUUUCUCUUCCACUGACUCUAACUCAACCAAUAAACAAAACCCAGAAGCUCAAAAGCAGGAAGAAGAGGAAGAACAAGGUGACGGCGAAAACAAGAACACAAAGGUCAUUAUCACAAACAUGUGGUGGGUGGUAUUCAAAGGGGCAUUGGGACAGAGGUUUAACUUUGGUGCCAUUGUUUGUUCGGCAAGAGUGGUACUUAAAGACCGGCAUUUGGCUCUCCCUCAUGUUUCUGUGCCCGAUAUAAGGUACAUUGAUUGGUUUGAACUUCGUAAAAGGGGUUUCAAGGGUGUUGUGUUUGAUAAAGAUAAUACAAUCACUGCCCCUUAUCAAUUGAAUCUUUGGGCUCCUCUUGCUUCUUCGUUGGAUGAGUGUAAAGCAGUCUUCGGACCCAAUAUUGCAGUGUUCAGCAACUCUGCUGGGUUGUAUGAGUAUGACCAUGAUGGUUCAAAAGCUAAGGCACUUGAAAAGGCUAUUGGAAUUAAAGUUAUAAGGCAUAGAGUGAAGAAACCUGCUGGCACGGCUGAAGAAGUUGAGAAACACUUUGGAUGUGAAGCAUCCCAACUUAUUAUGGUGGGUGAUCGUCCCUUAACUGACAUUGUUUAUGGCAAUAUGAAUGGUUUCCUAACAAUUCUAACAGAGCCUUUGAGUCUGACAGAGGAGCCAUUCAUUGUUAGGCAGGUGAGGAAACUAGAAACAUCCCUGGUGAAAUGUUGGUCAAGGAAAGGUUUGAACACAACCAGUCACAGGCUAUUGCCAGACACCACUCUGUGUGUAAUAGAUCCACCAAAUGUUUAAGAAUGAUUUUGUUGGAUAAUAUUGCUUUCUAGAGGCCAAUUUUUGUAGCCAUUAGAGGAAAUUGUUUAGUGUUUAUUCUUUAAUUCUAGGAAAGGACAGGAUAUGAAGGUAUCUAUUUUUUUUCUUCUCAUUCUAUCCAUUUGACUCAUGUAAACUCUUAACCAAAAUCCAAUCUGGUUCCAAUCUUGGGAGAAGUUUAAAUAGAAAAAGAAAACCAAUUAUAGCUUAAGCUAUAGUAAAA